AUGGGUUUGCAUGCAGUGAUACCCGAGACCGAUGGCGGAAAACCGGCUCGAACACAUUUCAUCCGGCUCGCAUAUGAUGCUGCGAGUGACACAAGUUUAGUUCUCUGCCGUCUGUACACCGGUCGCACACACCAAAUUCGUGUACAUCUCCAGUUCCUUGGCUAUCCGAUUGUAGAAGACCCACUGUACAAUUCGACCGACUGGGGCGACGAAAAGGGGAAAGGUGCCCGCUAUGGAAUGCCCGUUGAGGAGCAAAACAGUUCCGCAUCUGAGCAAUCUGCACGUGAACGAUUUGUGACACGUGUCCGGGCCCGAUCCUCUCUAAGCCAAGCUGAUCAGGAUCGCUUGAUUACUUCAUUUGAUCCCACCUGUCCGGACUGUCAGCUAUGCUACCGGGAUCCGGAAAUGAGUCAGUUGGUUCUACAAUUACACGCGUACCGGUACGCCGGAUCGGACUGGGCCUACACAGCUCCUCUGCCGGAUUGGGCCACAAGUGUGAUACCCUCGACGGAUUUGUGUGAACGCGUCGAGGCAUGUAUAUCUUGUUUGGAGAUGGAAUAA